UCACCAUGCCGCCGUGCCGGCGAGAGCAAGGCCACCUCUCAUCGCCACUACAGAGUGUGGCCACAGCCCACAGGGACACGCCCGUGCGCCGACACCCUCGCCGCCCGUGCGCCGCACAUGGCACGCCAUACUGUGAUGGCCUGAACCUGAUUGAGUGAUUGAUUGCUGCACAGUGAACAGGCCGUGAACCAUGUCCACGGCGUUGCCCAAGGAAAAGUCCGCGGCGUGUCCCGCUCCGAUGCCCGAUCCCACACCCACCUCGGCUAGUAGCUGUCUCCGGCCCUGCUGCGCCUCCACCACUACAAAGCGAGAGAGCGCACGGCGUGAGCUCCCCCAAUUCCCCAUUUCCCCGGACGCCAGCAGGCCACGCCACCACGCUCCAACCGCUCCGGCCGAUUGUUGCCGCUCGAUCCGCCUGCUCCAGCGGGUGGCCAUGGGGUUCGACAAGGAGGCGAGCUCCUCGUCCUCGCGGCUCGACGCGGCGGCGCCGCUGCUCCCGCAGCACGGCGGGCUGCACGGCGGCGGCGCGGGCGGGAAGCUGUCGUCGCAGCCCAAGACGUUCGCCAACGUCUUCAUCGCGGUGGUCGGCUCGGGCGUGCUGGGCCUCCCCUACACCUUCUCCCGCACGGGCUGGGCGGCGGGGACGCUGCUCCUCCUCGCCGUCGCCGCGCUCACCUUCCACUGCAUGAUGCUGCUCGUCGCCGCGCGCCGACGGAUCGCCGACGAGCACCCCAAGAUCGCCUCCUUCGGGGACCUGGGCCACGCCAUCUACGGCGCGGCCGGGCGCCACGCCGUCGACGCCAUGCUCGUGCUCAGCCAGGCCAGCUUCUGCGUCGGCUACCUCAUCUUCAUCUCCAACACCAUGGCGCACCUCUACCCAAUCGGGGCCGAGUCCCCGGCGUCCCCGCUCCUUACCGAGGCGCUCUUCAUCUGGGCCAUGCUGCCGUUCCAGCUCGGCCUCAACUCCAUCAAGACGCUCACGCUCCUCGCGCCGCUCAGCAUCUUCGCCGACGUCGUUGACCUCGGCGCCAUGGGCGUCGUCCUGGGCCAGGACGCCUCCAUCUGGCUCGCCAACAAGCCCCCCGUGUUCGCCUUCGCCGGGCCGGCCGAGCUCCUCUACGGGCUCGGCGUCGCCGUCUACGCCUUCGAGGGAAUCGGAAUGGUCCUGCCGCUGGAGGCGGAGGCCGCGGACAAGCGCAAGUUCGGCGCCACGCUCGCGCUGUCCAUGGUAUUCAUCGCCGUCAUGUACGGGCUGUUCGGCGCCAUGGGCUACCUCGCGUUCGGCGCCGCCACACGGGACAUCAUCACCACGAACCUCGGCACGGGAUGGCUCUCCGUCCUGGUGCAGCUCGGCCUCUGCAUCAACCUCUUCUUCACCUUCCCCGUGAUGAUGAACCCGGUGUACGAGGUCGCCGAGCGCCUGCUCUGCGGCAAGCGCUACGCUUGGUGGCUGCGCUGGAUCCUCGUCGUGGUCGUCGGGCUCCUGGCGAUGCUCGUGCCUAACUUCGCUGACUUCCUCUCGCUCGUCGGGAGCAGCGUCUGCGUCGUGCUCGGCUUCGUGCUGCCCGCCGCGUUCCACCUCAAGGUGUUCGGCGGCGACAUCGGGUGCGCCGCGCUCGUGGCCGACGUGGUCGUCAUCGUCAUCGGGAUUGCGCUUGCGGUGUCCGGGACAUGGACGUCGCUCGUUCAAAUCUUCAGUUCUUCUUCCAACGUGUAAGCAUCGACAGUUUUCUCACUUUGCUACUGCAUUGGGAACGCUCAAUUGUACAUUGGUUCGAGUAGAUUGAUACCCAAUUCAGCCGCGAUGUUGAUUUGGGCAUGCUUGCAUUGCUUGAAAAUACGCAAGGGCAUAGACAAUUGAAAUCUAUAAGCUUUAGUUCAGAUACAGGUUCCAAUUGUAACUUGUUGCAAAUCCACCGGUGUGUCCUAUAUGAUGUUGUAAGAGAACGAAAGAGGAAUCGAAUGGGAAUGCCUGUAAAAAUGCACGAUUAUGUUCCAGGAACUAUGUUAUGUAAGAUUUAUUUUAAGGUGUUUGUAGUA